AAGAAUUUUGGAAAGUCAACAUUUUGUACUCAUGCAGCUGUUACAGUGACCUUGGAUUUUGUAAUUUAAAUGCUUGCUUUUUUGUUAUUUGCAAAGCCAAUCAAUUAGUAAUUCAGAAUCGAGGAGUGACCAACUUUAGUGUGAAGAAAUUUUUCUUUACAACAUUUAGUGCGAAAAAAGAUAAAUAAAAUUGAAGCAAUGGCUACAUAAGCAAUACCAUUCGUGUUAUAAGUGGGAAGAACGUAAAAUUAAAGGAACCACGACAUAGAAUGCAUUUCAUAAUGAUUUCUUACCUCGAUAACUAGACAUUAUUAGCAUGGGUAGAUAUGGGUAAGCAUGAAAAGGGCAUAUCAUUAUGGUAAUUGCUUAAUCCAAUCAUGACAUGAUGCUCACUAAAAGAUAUUACAUAUAAUGAGCUGCAAGUGCACGGAAUCCUAUCAUUUUCUGUACUGUUUUUGUAUUUUUGGCAGAUACGACUGGUUAUAAUCGAAUGUAGAGUACCUGAGUAUGGAUGGACGACGCAAAAGUUCGAUCAGUUGUUUUCAUAUUUCAUCGGGAUGUGCAUCAAAUGAAGCCAGAGAUUGUCUAUCAUGUUCUUCUUGAUUUGACCUCUCUUGCAUUCUUGACAACGUAUGCGCUCUUGGUGCUGUUUUGGGCAGAAAUAUAUUAUCAGGCACGUGGUGUCUCUACCGAUGGACUUAGACCAAGCUUCUAUACAAUAAAUGCUUUGGUUUAUGCUGUACAGAUAGCUUUAUGGUUUUUUCUUUGGUGGAAGCCCCUCCAGGCUGUGCUUGUCCUGUCCAAGAUGUUCUUUGCAGGUGUCUCAUUGUUCGCGUCCCUUGUCUUCCUACUUUAUGGGGGAAGGCUCUUCCUAAUGUUACGACAGUUCCCUGUUGAAUCAAGAGGAAGAGACAGGAAGCUACAAGAAGUUGGCUAUGUGACUAUCAUAUGCUUCACUUGUUUCUUGAUCAGGUGUAUUAUGGUGUGCUUCGAUGCAUUUGACAAAGCUGCAAACCUAGAUCUUCUGAACCAUCCAAUUCUCGACUUCAUUUACUACUUGUUGGUUGAAAUUCUUCCUUCAUCUCUUGUGCUUUUCAUCCUGAGGAAACUUCCGCCGAAACAUGGGAUCACUCAGUACCACCCCAUCCAGUGAUUCAAGCACUUGGGUCGAUGGUGGUCUUUUGAAAGACAACUUUUUCAAGAAUUAUUUGUCAUCGGGAGAGAUCAAAGUAAAAAUGGAGGAUGUGAUCUCGUCGGCAUGGCAAGGUUGCGUGAGAGGUUGGUUUGUGUAUAACAUAUUUCUUUACCACAGCGAUGUUUUUCUCGGAUUAAGCCUAUUUGAGUGCAUAUUGUAGAGCUAUUAUGGUGUGAGCUUAAAAGCAGCAGGUUUGAGCUAUUCUUAAAGCUGUUUUUCCCCCUUCAGCGGGUUCGAGCUAUUCUUUUUUGUUUUGAGUUUGUGAGCUCAGUCGGUCAGUUCUUCAAUUGUACCUGCCUACCAGAAUGCUGAGUCUUGUAUACCAACGUUACUCGUAUAUAAGCAACAAGCGGAAAACUCCGUCGUCUUCUUAAAAAGGU